GGUCCGCAGGCCUUUCUCGCCCCGGCCGGCAGCCAGUUCGUGCGCGCUGGGGUCACCGCGAGCCGGUCCGCAGCGGGGUCACCGCGAUCCCCGGCGCAGACACAGAGGCCGCCCCCAGCCCCGCCGCCUCGUCGUCCCGCCCCCGCUGCACGCUCCCUUACCCCUCGGACCUCGCAGUGCCGCGGCGGACACUGCCCGAUCAGGGAAGUGAACGCGCAGAACUACAUUUCCCAGCGUCCCGCUCGCGCUGGAACUACACUUCCCGGGGGGCUCGGCGGUGCACCCGCCGGGGUCGCGGAUUGGAGGUUUCCGGUUGGAAAAGCCCCUUGGCGGCUAACUGGGGAGGACUGGAAGAAAUCUAGGAUGGAGCAAGCACUGCUGGCCCACCAUGUCUGUGAGAGAACCUAAAGGCGCCUCCAGGAGGAAGCAUCUGCAUCUUUUCCUUGUUUGUUUUUUUUUUUUUUUUUUGGAGGCAGGGUCUCGCUCUGUCACCCAGUGGGGAGUGCAGUGGUGCCAUGAACGCUCAUUGCAGCCUCAGGCUGGUCUCCGACUCCUGGGUUCAAAUGAUCCUCCUGUCCCAGCCUCCCAAAAUGCUGGAAUUACAGGCAUGAGUCACUGCGUCCGGCUGCUUUUCCAUUUUUCAUCGUAGCUCUAGAAUAUCCAGUACAACAUUGAACAGAACCAACUAGAACAUCCAGUGCAACGUUGAACAGUAUUAGCCAGAACAUCCAGUACAACGUUGAACAGAACCAACUAGAACAUCCAGUACAACGUGGAACAGAACCAGCUAGAACAUCCAGUACAAUGUGGAACAGAACCGGCUAGAAUAUCCAGUGCAACGUGGAUCAGAACCGGCUAGAACAUCCAGUGCAACGUGGAACAGAACCGGCUAGAACAUCCAGUGCAACUUUGAACAGAAGUGUUGAAAGCAGACACCCUUGCUUGUUUCCUAUUAUAGGGGAAAAACACUCAGUCUUUCACCGUUCUGUAGGAUGUUAGCUAGGGUUUUUUUAAAAUGCCCGUUAUCAAGUUGAGGAAAUUCCCUUUUAUUCCUAGAUUGUUGAGAGUUUUUGCCAUGAAUAGACGCUGGUUUUGCUAAAUGCCUUUUGCUGCAUCUAUUGAAAUAGUCACAUCGUUUUUGUUUUUUAUUAUACUGAUUUUCAGUGUUGAACCAAUCUUUCAUUCUUGGUAUAUAUUCCAUUUGGUCAUUUUACAAAAUCCUUUUUGUACGUUGCCAGAUUCAGCUUACUAACAUUUUUCUUAAACAGCUUUAUUAAGUUAUAAAGUGAUAUAGAAUAAACUGCAUGUAUUUAAACAAUUUGGUAAGUUUUCAUGAGUAACCACCUGCAAAACCAGUUUCAGGAGAAAAAGAGUUUUCUCAAGCCUUAAGAAUUUUUGUGUCUAUGUCUAUGGUACUACACACCAUAGGAAUAUUGGUGUGUAGCUCUGUUUUGUUUUUCCCUUGUGAUGUCUUUGUCUAGCUCUGGUAUGAGAAUAAUACUGGCUUCAUAGAAUAAGUUGGGAAGUAUUCCCUCUCAUCUAUUUUCUGAGAGAAUUUCUAAAGAAUUAUCCUUUCUUCUUUAAAUAUUUGAUGGAACUCACUAGUGGAGCCAUCCAUUCCCAGAUUUUCUCUGUGGGAAAAUUUUUAAUUAAUUAAUUUCUUUUUUUGAGACAGGGUCUCAUUGUGUUGCCCAGACUGGAACGCAGUGGUGGGAUGAUGGCUCACUGCAGCCUCAACCUCUCAGGAUCAAGCAUUUCUCCUGCCUCAGCCUCCCAAGUAGCUGGGAUUACAGGUGUAUGCCACCACACCUGGCUAAUUUUUUUAAUUUUGAAUUAUUAUGAGUACAUAGUAGGUGUAUACAUUUAUGGAUUACAUGAGAUAUUUUGAUAUAGAAUGCAUAUUAUAAUGCAAUGAUUAUUAUGCAAUGCAUAAAAAUCACAUCAGGGAAAAUGGGGUACCCUUAAGCAUUUAUCUUUUGUGUUACAAGCAAUCCAAUUAUACUUUUAGUUAUGUUAAAAUGUACAAUUAAAUUAUUUUUGAGUAUAUCCUGUUGUGCUAGAAAAUACUAGGUCUUAUUCUAACUAUUUUUUCUGCCAAAUGACCAUUUCCAUCCCCCACAGUGUCCCACUACCCUCCCAGCUGCUGGUAACCAUCUUUCUACUCUCUAUCACCAUGAGUUCAAUUGUUUUAAUUUUUGGCUCUCACAAAUAAGUGAGAAUAUGUGAAGUUUGUCUUCUCUGCCUCGCUUAUUUCACUUAACAUAAUGAUCUCCAGUUCCAUCCAUGUUGUUGCAAAUGACAGGAUCUCAUUCUUUUUUAUGGCUUCCUAGUACUCCAUUGUGUAUGUGUACCACAUUUUCUUUAUUCAUUAACCUGUUGUUUGACACUUCGGUUACUUCCAAAUCUUGGCUAUUGUGAAUAGUGCUGCAGUCAACAAGGGAGUGCAGACAGCUCUUGGAUAUACUGAUUUUCUUUCUUUCGGGUAUAUACCUAGGAGUGGGAUAGCUGCAUUGUAUGGUAGCUCUAUUUUUAUUUUUUUGAGGAACCUCCAAACUGUUCUCCAUAGUGGUUGUACUAAUUUACAUUCCCACCAAGAGUGUACCAGGGUUCCCUUUUCCCCAUAUCCUCACCAGCAUUUAUUAUUGCUUGUCUUUUGGAUAAAAGUCAUUUUAACUGGGGUGAGAUAAUAUCUCGUUGUAGUUUUGAUUUGCAUUUCUCUGAUGAUCAAUUAUAUUGUGUACCUUUUCAUAUACCUGUUUGCCAUUUGUAUGUCUUCUUUUGAGAAAUGUCUAUUCAGAUGUUUGGCACUUUAUUUUUUAUUUAUUUAUUUAUUUUUUUUUUGAGACAGGGUUUCACUCCUGUCAUCGAGGCUGGAGUGCAAUGGUGCAAUCUCGGCUCACUGCAACCUCCACCUCACGGGCUCAAGCAAUUCUGCUGCCUUAGCCCCCCAAGUAGCUGAGACUACAGAUGCAUGCCACCGCAUCCGGCUUACUUUUGAUAUGUUUUGUAGAGACGAGGUUUCACCAUGUUGCCCAGGCUAGUCUCCAACUCCUGGGCUCAUGCGAUCCACCCACCUCAGCCCUCCAAAAUGCUGGGAUUACAGACGUGAGCCAUCGUGCCUGGCCAUUUUGCACAUUUUUAAAUCUCAAAAGGCCAAUCUACAAUAGUGGUGUUAUCUGUAGGAGUAACUGGGGAAGUUGUGUGUCUUGUGACCAAUCCACAUCUUAGCAGAAUUCAGGCUCCUCUCCUCCCGCUAGCUUGGUGGUCUCUCAUAGGUUUUACAAAGGCAGUUGGGUUUUGGAAAAGGGCUAUCAUUUGAACUAUAACCUAAAUGUCUUCCAAAGUUAGCUUGGCCUAAGCCCAGGAAUAAUGAAGGCAUCUUGACAGCCAAAGGCGCGCAGAGUUGGGGGUUUGGUUAGAUUAGACCUCCCCCACUGCUAUAAUUUUCUCACUGAUAUAAUUUUUGCAAAGGCAGUUUCAUUACUGGUGUGGUUCUAUUUAUUUGUUUUUAACAUCUACUAUAGUUUCUCCUUUAUGAAGUUGGUUACUGUAUUAUUUGGUGCACUGAUAUUCAAAACUGUUAUUUAACCCUAUGAACUGCAGCUUUUAGCUUUACAAAGCGUCCUUUUUUGCUGUGCCUUCUGGUCUGAACCCUAUCUUGUUUGAUAUCAAAACCUCAGCACGCCUGCGUCUCUGCUGGGGUCGGACUCUGAGUCAGUUCUACAGGCCCUGGGAAACUGGGCGUCCAGGCUCCGAGGAUGGUACUGAACCUGGCGCAGCCGGGGGAGGGUGAACCAGGUGCCGCUGGCGGAGCCCCCUCCCAGCCUUCCUUUCCCGUCAGGCUGUGCCCCUCUCUAGAUCCGCUGCAGCUGGGAGCCAGGCCUGUAACGAGGGAGCCUUCUCCGAGGAUUGUGGGAGAUGUAGUUUUUCCGGCGCCUUCGCGUCCUGGCGCAUCGACGCAGGACGCACUUCCGCAUGCGCCGCACUCCCGGCCUUAGUCGGGUGCGCGCGUGCAGGGCUGUUUCCGGCUUAGACUCAGUGGACCGGAAUCUGGCCAGCGGGUGUACCUGGCUGAGUCUCUGUGGCCGCGGAGGCGCGGAGCUAAGCGGCUCGGAUUAUCGUGGGCAGACCAGAGACUUGACCAGCUAAACACUUCCGUCGGUCCGGGGCGUGGACGGGGCCAGAUCAGCCUCCUGCUCUCCCGAGUCAGGGCCACGGAAAGGCACAAAUCCAUCCGUGCGACUCCUGGUACCCAGACCGGGAGGUUGUCUAGUCACGCGCGGUCCGUGUUGGGCGAGAGCUGAGGAGCCGGCGUCCCUGCCAACGACUCAGCCCCGGGACGGUCAGGAGCCUGGGGCCCUGGUCCCGCACCUGUCUUCGGGCGGACGCAUCCCUCACGGUCUCUCCGCAGCCCGCGGGUCCUGCCCCCGCAGGCAGCGCGCGAACGUGGGCGUGGGGAUGGCCACCAGUUUCCGGACAGCUUCGUGCUGGGGAUUAUUGUCAUUCAAGGAUAUAUCUAUGGAGUUCACCUGGGAUGAAUGGCAGCUACUGGAUUCUACACAGAAGUACCUGUACAGAGAUGUGAUAUUGGAAAACUAUCAUAACCUGAUAUCAGUGGGGUAUCAUGGUACCAAGCCUGACUUAAUCUUCAAGUUGGAACAAGGAGAAGAUCCAUGGAUAAUAAAUGCCAAAAUUUCCAGGCAGAGCUGUCCAGAUGGCUGGGAAGAAUGGUACCAGAACAAUCAAGAUGAGCUUGAGAGUAUUGAAAGAAGCUAUGCUUGUAGUGUGUUGGGAAGACUUAAUCUGAGCAAAACCCAUGAUUCUUCAAGACACAGACUCUAUAACACACAUGGAAAAAGUUUGACACAAAACUCAGCUCCAAGCAGAAGUUAUUUAAGAAAGAAUCCUGAUAAGUUUCAUGGUUAUGAAGAACCAUAUUUUCUUAAGCAUCAAAGAGCUCAUAGCAUAGAAAAAAACUGUGUGUGUAGUGAAUGUGGGAAAGCUUUUCGUUGUAAGUCACAGCUCAUUGUACAUCUCAGAAUUCAUACAGGAGAGAGACCUUAUGAAUGCAGUAAAUGUGAAAGAGCCUUCAGUGCCAAGUCAAACCUUAAUGCUCAUCAGAGAGUUCAUACAGGAGAAAAACCCUACUCAUGUAGUGAGUGCGAGAAGGUCUUCUCUUUCAGGUCACAGCUCAUUGUCCAUCAGGAAAUUCACACAGGAGGGAAACCGUAUGGCUGCAGUGAAUGUGGGAAAGCCUACAGUUGGAAAUCACAGCUUCUUUUACACCAGAGAAGUCACACAGGAGUGAAACCGUAUGAAUGCAGCGAAUGUGGGAAAGCCUUUAGUUUGAAGUCUCCAUUCGUUGUACACCAGAGAACUCAUACAGGAGUGAAACCCCAUAAAUGCAGUGAAUGUGGGAAAGCCUUUAGGAGUAAGUCCUAUCUCCUUGUUCACAUCCGAAUGCAUACAGGAGAAAAACCCUAUCAAUGCAGUGAUUGUGGGAAAGCCUUCAAUAUGAAGACACAACUCAUUGUACAUCAGGGAGUUCACACAGGAAAUAAUCCUUAUCAAUGCGGUGAAUGUGGGAAAGCCUUUGGUAGGAAGGAACAGCUCACUGCACAUCUGAGAGCUCAUGCAGGAGAGAAGCCCUAUGGAUGCAGUGAAUGUGGGAAGGCUUUCAGCAGCAAGUCAUACCUUGUUAUACAUAGGAGAACACACACCGGAGAGAGACCCUAUGAAUGUAGUUUGUGUGAGAGAGCCUUUUGUGGAAAAUCACAGCUGAUUAUACAUCAGAGAACUCAUUCAACUGAGAAGCCCUAUGAAUGCAACGAAUGUGAAAAAGCCUACCCUAGGAAGGCAUCACUUCAGAUACACCAGAAAACUCAUUCGGGAGAGAAACCUUUUAAAUGCAGUGAAUGUGGAAAAGCCUUCACUCAGAAGUCAUCUCUCAGUGAACAUCAAAGAGUUCACACCGGAGAGAAACCAUGGAAAUGCUCUGAAUGUGGGAAAUCCUUCUGUUGGAAUUCAGGGCUUCGUAUACAUCGGAAGACUCAUAAAUGAGAAAUCAGAAUGAUGCAAUGUGAGAAACAUGUUCAGGAGACUUCGGAUAAUAUAGACAGGAUUUACAAGCAGGAGGCCCUAAAAUUACACUCAUGUCAAAAGAGAGGAGAGAGACCAACCAUGUUUGGGAUGAGUGUAAAAGCUUUCAGAAAUAAGUUACAAAUAUUUGUAGAUGAAAAUAACGGAAGGAAUGUGGAGCAAUAAAUAUCAAAUGUUGUAGUAUCAUCAUGAAGAUUCAGAGAAUUUACACUAGGAACACCUUAUAAGUUGAAUAAAUUAAGGAAGCAUUUUCCCAUUGAAAGUGUGUUCCAUGGAAAGUCACAUUCCAGAUUUGAAGCUGUGUUUUUGUAAAAUAAAAUCUUGGUAUGAACAGUUGACUUCAUGGUGGAGUAUAAAGUUGUUUUUUUAAAAAUAUGUAAAUAAUGUUCAGGAAAAACGCCGGGAACAGAUUCUUAAAGUUAACGGAUAUUUAAUGUGACUUUCCUGAGUUAACACUGAAUAGUAUUUCUAAAAUUUUUUGUACUUUAUUUUUUAAUGUAACUUGUUCUAUCUAUCUAUAUAUAUAUUUGAUAGUUUGUGGAAUAAUAUCCCCCAGUAUUUUCCAUAUUAAAUGCUAAUUAUCUUUUGAUUUCUUUUUCAUAAGCAGAUCUGGCAUUUAUUACAGGGCUGCCGCUUAAGAGAACUCAUUGUAAUGAAUGUUUAUUAUAUUUUGCAGUUCCAUGCCUGUUGUCCAUUGAUUGACAUGAGCACCCUUGUUUUCUCUGGAGAAAUACCUCCCCUCUCUGGGGUGCUUCCUGUGGUAGUGUCUUUCAGGUAUCCGUUCCACUAGCUACAGGUGAGCAUUUUACCCAUUGUUGGAUAAUGGUAAUCUCUUUUUCAGAAUUUUGAGUCUGUAAUUCAUUUGUACAUGAACCAGAAAAUGUGGGAACUCAUUCAUUCUUGUCCCAGAAUUCUGUUGAGAACAUCCAUUCAUUCUGGCUAAUUGAUUACAAGAAUAACUGUGGAUACGAUCCCUUUAGAACCUGCUUCUCUGAUCUGUGUGUUUCCUCACUUCUCAAUAAAAAUGUCUUUUGCUUUUU